GUGCCAUUGCCACACUGGCAUAUCAGACAGUCUUACAGAGACUUAAUUGAAAUUCAACAUUUACCCAGCCAUCAUUCAUUAUGUUAUUCUUCGAUUUCGUGAAGAGAGCCUACUAUGCGGCAGUUAGCCCGCCGACCCCGACGAAGAGGGAUGACGCCAUCAGAAUAGGACUGCUUGGAGCAUCCACCAUAGCCCCCCUAGCCGUGAUUACCCCCGCCAAGUCGCACCCGGAAGUCAUCGUGGCAGCGGUCGCUGCUCGUGAUCGCGAGCGUGCCCGUCAGUACGCCAAGAAGCACAGCAUUCCGAUUGUCCAUAACACCUAUCAAGACCUUCUGGACGAUCCAGCCAUCGACGCAGUCUAUAUAGCUCUGCCGAAUUCUCUACACUACGAGUGGGCCCUGCGGUCCAUUCAAGCAGGAAAGCAUGUCCUUCUUGAGAAGCCUUCCUGCUCGAAUGCCGAGGAGGCACGGAAACUCUUCCGGCACCCACUGGUGACUGGACCGAAUGCCCCAGUGCUCCUUGAGGCUUUUCACUAUCAGUUUCACCCAGCCUGGCAGGCUUUUCUCUACCAUGUUAAUCACCUUCCCUGGGGCGCGACUGUAGACCGUGUCUAUUCCCAGCAGUAUCUUCCCAAAGGGUAUCUGAAUAAGGAUGACAUCCGCUUUAAAUAUGGCUUGUCAGGCGGCUGUCUCAUGGAUUUGGCAACGUAUCCUCUCUCCUGCGUGCGGCAGGUCCUGGGUAGGGGGGAGCAUCUCAAUCCCAUUGAAGCAAUGCAUCGCCCCUUGCCUGUUGCAUCAGAUGGAUCUCAGGUGGAGCCACAAAUUGACGUGGCAAUAAAAGCUACCUACGCUACGGACAGUGACAAGACCGCAGAAAUUAGGGGUGAUUUGUUAUAUGGGGGAGGACCUUCGAUUCUUCCGGCUGGCCAGGGCAAUGAAGAGCGCCACUUUGUCCAACGGAAAGUGACGUUGUGGAAUCACCUCAUUCCGACAGUCUAUCACCGGAUCGAUAUCUGCGAUAAGCAUACUAUCCGCCGAGGGGAAGAGAUUGUGAAGACGUGGGAUGUGACGGAGCAUCUCAAAGCAUACAAUUGGCCAGCGGGCGAUGUGCGAGCACAAACGUAUCAGGAAUGGUGGACGACCUGGCGCUGUCAGCUAGAAGAGUUUGUGAAUCGAAUCAAGGGUCGGGCGGGCUCCGGGGUGUGGAUCGACGGUGAGGAGAGCAUUGCGCAGAUGGAGGCGAUCGACGAGACGUACGUUCAGGCGGGAUUGAAUGCACGGCCGACCAGUGCUUUUGAGAUUGCAACUGAAUGAUGGAUUUGUAGUUUGAUCCAAUGGGGGAUUUUGAAGGGGGCCAGUGGUUAGCGGCCUGUGUAUUCCUACAAAUUGUCGAUACAAAGUAAGUAGUCGGUAUCUUUACGGAUGGAUUUCCA